CCCGAACUUGACCUCUCCUCUCCCCUCCCUCAAGCUGUCUCCUUGACCUUCUUUUGCGAAAUCGUCGACCUCACAAAACUCCUCAAGAUGAUGUCCUCAAGGCUCAUGCGGCCAGCUUUCGCUGCUGCGCGACGAACAGCUCCCCGAACAGCGGUCCGAAACUACGCUGCUCCUGCAGCCGCAGACACGAAACCUCCCGUGGCUCUAUUUGGUCUCGAUGGAACUUAUGCGAAUGCCUUGUACACUGCCGCCGCCAAACAAAACGUCCUCGACCCGACCUCCAAAGCGGUCUCAAGCCUAUUCCAAGUCCUCAAAUCCGACCCCAAACUACAGACCAUCCUCAGCGCGCCCACACUGUCCGACUCUGACAAGUCCCAGAUCAUCGCCGAACUUGAAAAGCACACCGGCGGUGCCGACAAGUCCGGUACGGUCAAGAACCUGCUCUCCGCACUGGCCGAGAACAACCGCCUCGGCCUGCUGGAGGGCGUGUGUGACAAAUUCAGCACUCUGAUGAGUGCGGCAAAAGGAGAGAUGGAAAUGGUGGUUACCAGUGCUUCUAAACUCGACGAGAAAACCCUCAGACGUCUCGAAACAGCCGUCAGCAAGUCCGAGUACAGCCAGGGUAAGAAGCUCAAGACCGUGACGAGAGUGGACCCGGAUAUGCUCGGUGGUCUUGUGGUCGAGAUUGGCGAGCGCACCAUCGAUCUCAGCGUAUCCAGCAAGAUUGCCAGGUUGAACAAGAUGCUCACCGAUACCGUGUAAAACAAAACCAUGGCAUGGCAAAAGGAUGGAAGUUUUUGAGGAGCCAACUGUUGGGACCAGAAAGGGGGCGAACCGAGCAUGAGACACUUGCGGGAAGAUGACUCUGCGAGCCCAGCAGUUAUGCACCACGGAGCCUGCUCCAAGACAGUGAGACAAGAAAAAGACCCAAGAAAGAUGUGUGUAUAUAUGCAACUAGCCUCAAUGCUUCGGAAACGAACA